AUGAAGGGCAUCAAAAUGAACUUGGACCAUCUCCAGGCAACUGAGAGCUGCCUGGAAAGCCAAACCGCCGGCGCCGUGGCCGUGGGCCGCUACCCGAAGCCGCUGGCCGAGCUGCCCGGCCGCACGCCCAUCUUCUGGCCGGGCGUGAUGCAGAGCCCGCCCUGGAGGGACGCGCGCCUCGCCUGCGCCCCCCAUCAAGGCUCAAUUUUGCUGGAUAAAGACGGCAAGCGAAAACAUACGCGCCCCACUUUUUCUGGCCAGCAGAUUUUCGCCCUGGAAAAGACUUUUGAGCAGACGAAAUACUUAGCGGGGCCGGAGCGAGCCAGGCUGGCCUAUUCGCUGGGCAUGACCGAGAGCCAGGUCAAGUUCCACCUCCCGGGGACACUGAAGUGCAGCGUUCGCUCCCGCCAGAGCCUUCGCCCACUGCUGGGUGACUCCAGCAGUGCCUCCUUGCCGCGCCACGCCACGGGAUUGGAGCUGGAGAAGCCUUGGAUUGCAGUCCUCAAGUGA